AUGAAGAAGAUUUUUAGAAGAUUGGCUCAAUUUGUUGAAGAAUCUGGAAGAGAUGAAAUUAAGGAAUCUGAAGAGGCAAUUGAAGAGGCAAUUAAGGAACAAGAACGAGAUAUCAUUGAUUUGA